AUGGAUUACUCACACUAUGCCGGUCACCAGUCUCAGCCCUACUCGCUCUACGGGCUGCCCACACCUGACCAACAGCCUCAGUCACAUAAUGACGACGCUCUCCGCGACCCCUUCACCCUGAAUGCAUAUAACAACCAGUACUUCCCUGGGUUCGACCCCUCAUUUCGCCUCGACCCCUCCACCUCGCUCGUACCGCCACCGCAUUCACCGCCAGACUCAUUCACCAAGCACUCAGUGUCGAGCAAUGACGUGAACCAUACCAAAACGGACCCCGCUUCAAUUGAUGGAGAUGAGCCGCAGAGUAAGCGCAAAGCACAAAAUCGGGCUGCACAACGAGCAUUCCGCGAGCGCAAAGAACGCCACGUCCGCGAUCUCGAAGACAAAGUGAACAGCCUCGAGGAAGCAUCAAAAUCCCUACAAGCCGACAACGAGCGCCUAAAACGUGAACUGGCCAAAUACGCAACCGAGAAUGAGAUCCUGCGUGCUACAUCACGGUCUAAUCACAAUCCGCAAGAACCCCCCCGAACCAACCAGGGAACAGCCUCUUCAGGCUCUGGCGUCACCGUCCCCGGGGCCGGCAGCCCACACCGCGUUACUGUUUGCCAAGUCACAGGCGAGAAGCUACUCGACGCUGGCGACACGUGGGAUCUUAUCCAGAGCCACGAGCUGUUCAAGCGUGGCCAGGUCGACAUUGGUGAUGUCUCGGAGCGACUUAAGGGGCUGGCGCAGUGUAAUGGACAGGGCCCUGCUUUCAAGGAGAGUGAAGUUCGGAGGGCUAUUGAAGAGAGUGCCGCGGGCCGUGAUGAGCUGAUCUGA